CAUGGCCUAUUUCCCAAGUUUUUCCAUCGAGACCUGGACUUUGAUAGUGAUUCUUCUCUCUCUCCUCGCACUGUAUGGAUAUGCACCGUAUGGAUUUUUCAAGAAACUUGGCAUUCAAGGACCGAAACCACUGCCCUUCAUCGGGACCUUUUUAGAGUACAGAAAGGGUCUCCAUGUAUUUGACACCGAAUGUUACAAGAAGUAUGGCAAGGUGUGGGGCAUAUAUGACGGCAGGCAGCCUGUGUUGGCUGUGAUGGACACGGCCAUGAUCAAGACCAUCCUCAUAAAGGAGUGCUACUCCAUCUUCACCAACAGACGGGAUUUCGGGCUAAACGGACCGCUGAGCGAUGCCAUUUCGGUUGUGGAAGAUGACAACUGGAAGAGAAUUCGCAGUGUACUCUCACCAUCGUUCACCAGCGGAAGACUGAAAGAGAUGUACCCCAUCAUGUUACAACACUCAGGGAAGCUGUUGACAACCCUUGAGCAGAAAGCAGAAGCUGACGAGGUCAUAGACGUUAAGGAUAUCUUUGGACCUUACAGUAUGGACGUUGUGACCAGUACUUCCUUCAGUGUUGACAUCGAUUCCAUCAACAAUCCCUCUGACCCAUUUGUAACCAACAUUAAGAAAAUGGUCAAAUUCGAUUUCUUGAGCCCGCUGCUGGUUAUUUUAGUUGUGUUUCCAUUCUUGGGACCGGUCUUUGACAAAAUGGACGUGACAUUCUUCCCUUCGGGUGUGCUGGACUUCUUCUAUAGCUUCCUGAAGAAGGUCAAAUCUGACCGACAGAAGCAUGACCAUCAGAAAAGAGUGGACUUCAUGCAGCUGAUGGUGGACUCUCAGACCACUGGGAGUGCUGAAGUCAUGGACUCUCAGAAAGGGUUAACCGAUAACGAGAUCCUAUCCCAGGCCAUGUUCUUUAUCUUUGCCGGAUAUGAGACCAGCAGCAACACAAUGUCUUUCUUGGCCUACAACCUGGCAACCCACCCUGAAAUCCAGAAGACCUUACAGGAGAAGAUUGAUGAGACCUUCCCAGACAAGGGUCGACCAACAUAUGAAGCCAUGAUGCAGAUGGAGUACCUGGACAUGGUGCUCAAUGAGUCACUGAGGCUGUUUCCUAUUAUCGUUCGACUUGAGCGAGUAGCAAAGACCUCUGUGGAGAUUAACAACGUGACCAUUCCUAAAGGAACAGUCACCAUGAUCCCUCUUCACGCACUCCACCGUGAGCCCACCCUCUGGCCUGAGCCUGACGCCUUUAAACCUGAAAGGUUUAGCAAAGAGAACAGAGACAACGUAGAUCCUUAUGCCUACCUACCCUUCGGAGCAGGGCCAAGGAACUGUAUUGGCAUGCGAUUUGCUAUCCUGAUGAUGAAGUUGGCCACAGUGGAAAUCCUUCAGAACUUCAGCUUUGUAACCUGCAAGGAGACCGAAAUUCCCCUGGAGGUGGGAGGUGAUGGUAUCACCUCCCCAAAGAAUCCCAUCAAACUGAAGCUGGUUCCCAGAGCACACGUAGCCGCUUGACCCGCGAGCUAACUUCCUUUUUCGGCUGACAUUAUGGAUGACAGGACGGCCUGCUGACUGCUGAGUGUCUCUCAGGUUGAAUUCCCUUAAGUCUCAUUAAGCAAGAUACCUAAACCUACCAGGGCUGUUUUUUUAUUAAUCUGCUAGCCAAAAGAGACACCCAACCUUGGAUGAUUAACAAAAACGUGAAAAUUUACCCCGUUGUCGUAGUGUCAUUACUAUCUCUCAUUCUAAAGAAUGUUUUCUUUUAUUUCAUAUAGUCAUUCAUACAUGUGAGGGCAAUGCUGGAUUAGUACCCCCAGGGGUCCCUGGGCACUGAAGCUCAUACCCCCCCCCCCACACACACACACACACACCACACACUUCCGACGUCCCAGCCAUUAAACCCCACCUUAAUUAUUUUGAGCUUCCAGUCAAGCUGGCAUAUCAAAUCCACCAGACCAUAAUCACACACCUAUUGGUCAAACGCUGAAUAACCAGUCCAGCUGAGCAGGUAUUCCUUUAUAGUUCAACAGACCAAGUACUGCCAUUUCACUCACAAACCACAAGACAAGGAAACAAUGGAUUAAAUCAUCCC